CGGGCCGCCGGGAGGAAGUGGCCGGGCGGUCGCAGGCGCUCCGGGGCCACCGCCGCGAGUCCGCAGUCGUUCGGGCCAUGGAGGCGGAGCCGCCGCUCUACCCCAUGGCGGGGGCCGCGGGGCCGCAGGGCGACGAGGACCGGCUCGGUGUCCCGGACGGGCCAGAGGCCCCGCUGGACGAGCUGGUGGGCGCGUACCCCAACUACAACGAGGAGGAGGAGGAGCGCCGCUACUACCGCCGCAAGCGCCUGGGCGUGCUCAAGAACGUGCUGGCUGCCAGCGCCGGGGGCAUGCUCACCUACGGCGUCUACCUGGGCCUCCUGCAGAUGCAGCUGAUCCUGCACUACGACGAGACCUACCGCGAGGUGAAGUAUGGCAACAUGGGGCUGCCCGACAUCGACAGCAAAAUGCUGAUGGGCAUCAACGUGACGCCCAUCGCCGCCCUGCUCUACACACCUGUGCUCAUCAGGUUUUUCGGAACGAAAUGGAUGAUGUUCCUGGCUGUGGGCAUCUACGCCCUCUUUGUCUCCACCAACUACUGGGAGCGCUACUACACGCUUGUGCCCUCGGCUGUGGCCCUGGGCAUGGCUAUCGUGCCUCUUUGGGCUUCCAUGGGCAACUACAUCACCAGGAUGGCGCAGAAGUACCAUGAGUACUCCCACUACAAGGAGCAGGAUGGGCAGGGGAUGAAGCAGCGGCCUCCGCGGGGCUCCCACGCACCCUAUCUCCUGGUCUUCCAAGCCAUCUUCUAUAGCUUCUUCCAUCUGAGCUUCGCCUGCGCCCAGCUGCCCAUGAUUUAUUUCCUGAACCACUACCUGUAUGACCUGAACCACACGCUGUACAACGUGCAGAGCUGCGGCACCAACAGCCACGGGAUCCUCAGCGGCUUCAACAAGACGGUUCUGCGGACGCUCCCGCGGAGCGGAAACCUCAUCGUGGUGGAGAGCGUGCUCAUGGCAGUGGCCUUCCUGGCCAUGCUGCUGGUGCGGCCCGGGAUGGGGUCAGGACAGUCCGUGAAGCAGAGUGUGCUGGGUUUGUGCGGAGCCGCUUACCGGCCCACGGAGGAGAUCGAUCUGCGCAGCGUGGGCUGGGGCAACAUCUUCCAGCUGCCCUUCAAGCACGUGCGUGACUACCGCCUGCGCCACCUCGUGCCUUUCUUUAUCUACAGCGGCUUCGAGGUGCUCUUUGCCUGCACUGGUAUCGCCUUGGGCUAUGGCGUGUGCUCGGUGGGGCUGGAGCGGCUGGCUUACCUCCUCGUGGCUUACAGCCUGGGCGCCUCAGCCGCCUCACUCCUGGGCCUGCUGGGGCUGUGGCUGCCACGCCCGGUGCCCCUGGUGGCUGGAGCAGGGGUGCACCUGCUGCUCACCUUCAUCCUCUUUUUCUGGGCCCCUGUGCCUCGGGUCCUGCAACACAGCUGGAUCCUCUAUGUGGCAGCCGCCCUUUGGGGUGUGGGCAGCGCCCUGAACAAGACUGGACUCAGCACACUCCUGGGAAUCUUGUACGAAGACAAGGAGAGACAGGACUUCAUCUUCACCAUCUACCACUGGUGGCAGGCUGUGGCCAUCUUCACCGUGUACCUGGGCUCGAGCCUGCACAUGAAGGCUAAGCUGGCGGUGCUGCUGGUGACGCUGGUGGCGGCCGCGGUCUCCUACCUGCGGAUGGAGCAGAAGCUGCGGCGGGGCGUGGCCCCGCGCCAGCCCCGCAUCCCGCGGCCCCAGCACAAGGUGCGCGGUUACCGCUACUUGGAGGAGGACAACUCGGACGAGAGCGACGCGGAGGGCGAGCAUGGGGACGGCGCGGAGGAGGAGGCGCCGCCCGCGGGGCCCAGGCCUGGCCCCGAGCCCGCUGGACUCGGCCGCCGGCCCUGCCCGUACGAACAGGCGCUGGGGGGCGACGGGCCGGAGGAGCAGUGAGGGGCCGCCUGGUCCCCGGACUCAGCCUCCCUCCUCCCCGGCCUCAGUUUACCACGUCUUAGGUCGGGGGGACCCCCUCCGAGUCCCGCGUUGUCUUCAAAGGCCCCUGUCUCCCCUCCCCCACGUUGGGGACGCCCCUCCCAGAGCCCGGGUCACCUCCGGGCUUCCGCAGCCCCCUCCAAUGCGGAGUGGAGCCUUGGGAACCCCUCGGCCAAGCACAGGGGUUCGAAAAUACAGCUGAAACCCCGCGGGCCCCUCGCACGCGCCCCAGCCCCGUAGCAGGGUCAGGGUCUUCUUGCGACCCGGCCCCACUCCAGAUCCCUCCAGCUCUCGGCCGCAGACCCGGGCCACGUGUGAGCGCGCUUUGCACCUCCUAUCCCCAGGGUCCGCCGAGAGCCACGAUUUUUUACAGAAAAUGAGCAAUAAAGAGAUUUUAUACUGUC